AUGAACGCGUCGAAGUCAGGAGGGCUGCACCACGGCUCUCACCCUGAACACGGGUUUGUUCGCCUGCCGUACGCGCCUCAGGGGUAUCAAUGCACGAUUUGCAAGGCCGCCGCGAGCAAUUCCGAGGUGGCGUGGUUCCGCUGCGGCGAGGCGGAAUGCCCCGCGCUGCUCUGCCAUAAGUGCUUUGACGUUGAGGAGCAGCUGUUUGGCUCCGUGCAGGUAGUGAUACGAAGUCCACUCAUCCCGCACGAUGACACCAGCGCCGCAGUCCGCACCCGCCCACGGCCGAGCGGCCAUAAACUCGCCCCACUAUACGCGGGGAAGUUUAUGGAGGUCGUCUCCCGGGCCGUUUGCGCGGAUGAUCCAAAGCAGGUCUACUUUCGUCUGCGAUCCGGUGGGUGGAUCAACUCGAAGCACGUGGUGUGUGCAAUCACCUCUAAAAAUCUUAUCGAAAGUCUGGCCUGGAUUCACCUACGAGCCAAUACCGGGGUUAGUAAUCCAAGCUCAAACCAUAGUCCUUGCUCGGAUAUCAGUCCUGGGAUGGUUAUCGAGUAUAUCGUGGAGACGAUCACAAUGCUGGAGACAAGCCCGCACUAUGGUAUCGUCAUGGCUGCCAUCACCCUCUACCCAAUCCACUAUGUCGUCUCCGUGUUGGCCUCGCCUGCCAGCCUCGGCGGCUAUCCACAUCAUGAAGAAAACGAAGAAAGUGGUGGUAGCAGGCCGUCUUUAGUGCCCGAGCUGGCCAUGUUGAGGUCUUACACCUCUCUGAUCGACAACAUCAUAAACUUUGUUCACAAUGUUUUGUAUUUUGCCCUCACAGAGCUGGAAUGCAGCAUUGACGAUGGCGAGCGCGUGGAGGACGGUACGAUGUUGUCGCUUUUCGAGGAUGUUAUCGCGGGUUGCGUGUUGGUGGUCUAUAAUCUUCAACGGCAGUGUCUGGUCGAGCUACCUCAGGAGUUUAUUAAUUUAAUGCUUCGGACGCUUGUGCUGUUUGGUCGGAUUUAUAUCUUUCUGCGUCCUCACGAUGGCCCUGUGGAGCCGCUCAGGCUGCAGGAUCCUGCGGUCAUCUCCUCCCAUAUUGACCUGCCCUGCGAGUGGGCCCGCCUCUACCGCCUCAGCAGCUUCGUGACGGAUGUCGCCGGGCGGGUGCUGUUGACCAUGCACAACAUCCCCAGCACCCUCGAGGUCAAGGACCUCAAACUAAUCCGAGAGCAGCUCUCGUACGCCGCGAACGAGGUGCUGGAAGAGACUUUCUGUGAGCUUUUGGCGGUUUGCAUGCGCCGGGGGCCGAGUAUCCAGCGGCAAUUCUUUAGUCUGGAUCCUCUGGAGAUCGUCGUUCGGCUGGCUAAGCGGGCGACCUUAGCGGAGAGCCAGAUCGCCGUGGUUCGCUUAAUCGCCGACGCCGCCCAUCGCUGUCCGCGGAACAUCGCGUUGAUGUCCUCGGUGGUGAUUUACCCGCUGAUUAAGAUGGCGAGCUCCUCGCACAGCCCGGCGGCGCUCUCCACCGCGCUAGACUGCUUCAGCGACCUCGCCUUCAACGACCCCCGGGCGGGGGAAGGAGGAGGGGCCUUUCGGGGGCUGCCCUUCUCGCCCCUCAGCCACGCCCGGCGGGGGACGGAGACGCCGCCCGAGAUCCUCUGCACCCGCAGCCUCCACCCCCACACCGCGCCCUUCCAGCUCAUGCACGGCUUCACCCUGGAGAACGGGCUGAUGGUGAACUAUUGCGGGGCCUGCGCCCUCGCUCACCCCCCAGAAGGGGGGGUGCCCAUCGACGACGCCGAGUACGGCUACUUCAGCUGCCAGUGCAGCUGCAACCCGCGCGGGGGGGGGCGGAAGCCGCUGCCCCCACCCAGCAUCCCCCACACCGCCGCCAUCCAAAUCCUCACCGCCGCGGGCCUGGCGAACCUCCUUCUCGCCAGUCUCAAGGCCUACCCUGACAACCCUGCGGUGCUGAACGCCGUGGGGGGCGUCGUGCUCCGCGUGGAGGUCCCGGAGGAGGUCAUCAAUACCCUCUUCUAUGUCUUGGUUGAGCAGGGGGACCUGGGGCCUUUUGCGGAGGCCGCCCUCGGCGUGGCCUCGCGCGCUUUUCUGCCCUCUAUCGAAGCUCUGUGUAAGAACUAUGUCGAUACCCCCCUCACAGAGUACAUCCGGGGGCCGCCUGUCAGUUCCACUCCUUUUAGGGUCUCUCAAAGCAACGAUACGCCGCCCGGCGUCACCAGCCAGGGAAAAAGCGACGUAGGCCUUUCCCCGUCUCCGUACGGAAUCUCCGCAUACCAAAGCUCCUGCAAAAGCGAUGAGUAUCAAAGCACCGUCUUUCAAAGUCACCUCCACACCGAAAUUAACCUAUACAACGAUAAUAUCGAGUCCUCAGGAUUGUGA